AUGAUCGCCGCUGUUCUCCGUGUCGCUGCUCGCAGAGCCCCCGUCGUCGUCGCUAGACGUGCCAUGUCUGUCUCCGCUGUCAGAUGCAACCUUAUCCAGGACCUUUAUGUCAAGGAAAUCAAGGGCUACAAGGCUCCUCCUCUUACUGUCGCUGACGCUCAGGGUUCUGUCAAGCCUUGGGUCUCCCCCUCUGCCCCUGCUCCCCCCGCCGUUGAGGGUGAUGUUGCCGCUGACCUUGCUGCCUACGAGUCUUCCACCGUUGAGGUUGAGUCCCACGCUCCCGUUGCUGAGGGUGCUGAGCCUGUUGUUGAGGACUGGUUCGUCAUUGAGCCCGCUCAUGACCUCCACCACUAA